AUGGAGGCAUAUGGGGACUCAGACGAGCUUUACACGAUUCGCCAAAAGUUUUUUUCGGGUCAAUUCAAGUUGGUCGCAGAGACAUCGUUGAAAUCGUUUUCAGGCAGCGUUGCAGCAAGAGCUGAAGAGUAUAUUUUAAGAUCCAGGAUAUCAUUGGGAGAUGUUUCUGGGGUGUUGAAUUACAUUCAGGCAGAAGAACAAAAUGGCAGAGCCUUGCCAGCUGGAUUGGAGGCUAUUAGAUUGUAUGCAUUAUAUGUAAGGAAUCCAUCAAAGAACGAUAUUCAUCUAAAGUUUGAAGAAUUUAUCUCAAGGCACACAAACGAUGAGACCACGCUAGUAUUGGGGUCAAUUUAUUUGGUUAAGCAAUAUGGGAACUAUGAAGAUGCAUUAACGUUGUUGAGUAAAGGUGAAAAUUCCUUGGAAUGUAUUUCAGUUAUUGUUCAAAUUCAAUUAUUGAGAAAUCGAUUAGAUUUAGCUAUAAAAGAGUUGAAAAACUCUAGACAAAUAUCUCAGGAUUCUAUAAUUUAUAAUUUGAGCGAGAGCUGGGCCAAUUCUGUAUCUGGGAGUGAUGACAAAUUACAAUCGAGUUUUUAUUUUUGGGAAGAGAUUUCGCAAUCUAAUACGAGUGUUAAAUCAUUAGUUAGUUUGUUGAUUAUUAAUUUGCAAAUGAAACAUUUUCCUGAAUCUAAAGAAAUCAUCGAUCAAAUAGAGUUGUUGAAUGGUGAUGAUUUAAAUUUCUUAGCGAAUGAGAUUACAUAUUAUGUUAUUAAUGGAGAUAAUAAGAAAGUUGAAGAGUUAAUACAAAGAUUGAACCAAUUAUCCAAGGGACAACACCCAUAUAUCAUUGAUUAUAAAGAAAAGGAUGCAAUGUUUGAUGAAAUUGUACAAAAAUAUAGUAUAUAA